UCAUAUCAAUGGCAACGGUGUUGCUGCAUCUGGUGCUGAGCUGGCUUGUAGUUUAUAAGCUGGGGUUGGGACUAUUGGGGGCGUCAUUGGUACUGAGCAUAUCCUGGUGGAUUGUGGUGGCGGCCCAGUUCUUUUACAUCGCCACGAGCCGGAGAUGCCGGCUCACUUGGACCGGGUUUAGUUGGCAGGCAUUCAAGGGGUUGCCGGAGUUCUUCAAGCUGUCGACGGCGUCGGCGGUGAUGCUGUGUUUGGAGACGUGGUAUUUUCAGAUACUGGUGCUAAUAGCUGGGCUGCUUGAGAACCCGGAGCUCGCGCUCAAUUCUCUUUCUAUUUGCAUGACAAUUUCUGGCUGGGUUUUCAUGAUUUCGGUCGGCUUUAACGCCGCUGCCAGUGUGCGUGUGAGCAAUGAACUUGGAGCGGGAAAUCCAAAAUCUGCAGCAUUUUCAGUAUUAGUGGUGACAAUAAUGUCCUUCAUCAUAUCACUCAUUAUUGUGGUAAUCAUCCUUUGCUGUCGCGACUAUAUUAGCUAUAUAUUCACCGAAGGUGAAACGGUGGCUAAAGCCGUCUCUGAUCUCUGCCCUUUACUUGCCAUCACCAUCGUCCUCAAUGGCAUCCAACCAGUUCUAUCAGGUGUGGCUGGGGGGGGGGUUGGGUGUGGAUGGCAAGCCUUUGUUGCCUACGUUAAUGUUGGCUGCUAUUAUAUUGUUGGCAUACCUGCUGGUGUUGUUCUUGGUUUCGAUUUUGGCUUUGGCCUUGGAGCAAAGGGAAUUUGGUCAGGUAUGAUUAGCGGAACUUUCAUGCAAACUCUCAUUCUUCUUUGGGUCACUUUCCGAACCAAUUGGAGUGAAGAGGUUGAAAAAGCCCAGCAAAGGUUGGAGGCAUGGGAUGAUAAGAAGAAACCUCUACUUGCGAACCAAAGCUGAAAAACUUGGCCCAAGGAGCAGCUUUGCAAGUUGGCGAAUCAUAAUAUCUCCGAGCAGGGCCCGUUACAUGUUUCAGAGCUUUGUGAUUGUAUGCAGGUGAAGAAAAUAAACAGAUGGAUGAGGAAUUGGGAUGAAGAUUUCUUAAAUUAUAAGUUGAAAGAGGUCUUAGGGAGGGUAGUCUGAUAGAAUUUUAUUUUUAGCAUUUAUUGAAGGUGUAUUUAGCAUUUUUAUUUGCGCAUGAAUGAGGAAGACAGAAAGGUUGCAUGA